AGCUGGUCACAUGAGCCUGAAUUUUCAGUUCAGUUCAUUAGUCAGCCAUUUUGGUCAACACCCUGCUUACUGCGCACAGCCAAUCCUGUUAGAACUCAGCAUCCCGGCUCGGCUGAGCAGGUCCUGUAGUGAUUUCUGCUGGUCAAAAUUUUUUAAGAUAAAUUGAAAAUAUAGAUUGAUGAUUUUUUUGUUUUUUUUUUUUUUUGUAUUUUUUUUUCUGCACCAAGAAGAAGGAUUUUUUUUUUCACUUAUUCAUGCUCAGACCAAUUUUUGAAAGACAGCAUUGGGUGUGUAGGAUUUAAGCCUAUAGCUAGCCCAGCUGGAAUAAAGGGAAGGGAGGAAAAAAGGAGAGGCCGCUGAGGGAAGACAGACGCCGUCUCAUUUUGCUGUUAGGAAUUGCCAGUAAGGAAAGACAGUGUAGAAUUGAUUGUUUAUUUUGAGGGUACAGGGUAUUUUUCUUCUCUCGAUCUUUUUUCUUUUUCUUCUUUUUAACCUCUCCUAUCCCAUUUUCUAAAAGCUUUGUUUAAGAGCUUGGGAUUUGGGAUUUUUGGGGGGUACAGAGGUCUUCUUUAUUUGUGUGUGUGUGUGUGUGUGUGUGUGUGUGUGUGUGUGUGUGUGUUGUCCCAGCUGAGUCAUCAUGUCUGCCCUGACGCCUCCGACCGAUAUGCCAACCCCCACCACUGACAAGAUCACACAGGCUGCCAUGGAGACCAUCUACCUUUGCAAAUUCCGAGUGUCUAUGGAUGGAGAAUGGCUUUGCCUGCGCGAGCUGGAUGACAUCUCCCUUACACCCGACCCAGAGCCUACCCAUGAAGACUCUUGGGAGGAUUUGACAGAUUUGGUGGAACAAGUGCGUGGUGAUACAGAAGAUCCUAAUUACCUCAUGGCUAACGAACGCAUGAACCUGAUGAACAUGGCGAAACUGAGCAUCAAGGGCCUGAUCGAGUCAGCGCUGAACCUGGGGCGGACCCUGGACUCGGACUACGCGCCUCUCCAACAGUUCUUCGUGGUGAUGGAACACUGCCUGAAGCACGGUUUGAAAGCCAAGAAAACUUUUCUUGGACAAAAUAAAUCCUUCUGGGGGCCCCUGGAGCUGGUCGAAAAGCUUGUUCCGGAAGCUGCAGAGAUAACAGCAAGUGUUAAGGACCUCCCAGGACUUAAGACACCAGUCGGCAGAGGAAGAGCCUGGCUUCGUUUGGCAUUAAUGCAAAAGAAACUUUCUGAGUAUAUGAAAGCCUUGAUCAAUAAGAAGGAACUUCUCAGUGAGUUCUAUGAAGCCAAUGCCCUCAUGAUGGAAGAAGAAGGAGCUAUUAUUGCUGGUCUUCUGGUGGGUCUGAAUGUCAUCGAUGCCAAUUUCUGUAUGAAAGGAGAAGACCUGGACUCUCAGGUUGGAGUUAUAGAUUUUUCUAUGUAUCUUAAAGAUGGAAACAGCAGUAAAGGUAGUGAAGGGGACGGUCAGAUUACUGCGAUUCUAGACCAGAAGAACUACGUAGAAGAACUCAACAGACAUCUGAACGCUACUGUGAACAACCUGCAGGCAAAGGUGGACGCACUAGAAAAGUCCAACACGAAAUUGACAGAGGAGCUUGCCGUUGCCAACAACAGAAUUAUCACCUUACAAGAGGAAAUGGAACGGGUUAAAGAGGAGAGCUCCUAUCUGCUGGAAUCCAGUCGGAAGGCUCCUAAGCAAGACAGAGCUGCCGAAGGACAAGCGCUGAGUGAAGCAAGGAAGCAUUUGAAGGAGGAGACGCAGUUACGACUGGACGUUGAGAAGGAGCUGGAGCUCCAGAUCAGCAUGAGACAGGAGAUGGAACUGGCUAUGAAGAUGCUGGAGAAGGACGUCUGUGAGAAGCAGGACGCCCUGGUGUCUCUGCGGCAGCAACUAGAUGACCUCCGAGCUCUCAAGCAUGAGCUUGCCUUCAAGCUGCAGAGCUCAGACCUAGGAGCGAAACAGAAAAGUGAGUUAAACAGCCGCUUAGAAGAGAAGACCAAUCAGAUGGCCGCCACCAUCAAACAGCUGGAGCACAGUGAAAAAGAUCUGGUGAAACAGGCAAAGACCUUAAAGAGUGCAGCAAAUAAACUGAUCCCAAAACAUCACUAGACACUUUGGAGCUGGCCACCUCACAGGCCUGACAAAGUAACUAGAAGCGGAAGGAGUCAGAAAUCCUACAUCCAAGCUCCGAUUCUAUAUAAAAAGUCACCAAAAUUGACCUUGAAUUUGUUGGACUUAAAAAAAAGACAGUUGGAUAUAUAGGUUGGGUUAGUUGUUGCUGCUGCUGCUGCUGCUGCUAUUUUCUUCCCCAGAGUUAGACAUUUUGGUAUGGGUUCCUCAUUAAAUACCAAAUAAACUUUGAGAAAUAUUUCUGAGUUGAACGGUAAAUCAAAAGACCAUUUUCAGGAAGCCUGGGGAACGGAAGCAUUGUACAUGUGUUGGUGAUAGUGAUCAGACUCUGUAGGUGGCCUGUGUCCACAGCAGGGAGCCUGUUCUCUGCAGUGUGACUCCUACAGGUGUGCCUGGUGACCUUGGACCUGAAGUAGCUCUGUCUUAGCCCAUGACCCCUCUCUUCUCUUGCCUUGUGUAGGUUUAAUCCCCAGCCCAAGAAAAGUACUUAGUAUUUCAUUACAGUUCUAUUCUCAGUAACCAAGAUUGCUUGCAAUUUAUUUUCCCUUAGUGAUUUUGGACAGAAAAGAAAAACAGCAUCCUUGCAUUUCUUUGAAGUACUUAGAAACAAAGUAGUAAUUAGGUAGCUCUUAACAUCACAGUGUGGAAGCUGGGAAACCCUCUCAACAUGUGUCACCUUCUACCUCUGCCCUUCUCUGUCAUUCUACUUACUACUUAGGUAGCUCAGAGAGAACAAUUUCAUACAAAUACGAUUUUCAGAUCUACCCUGCUUUUCCUACUGGGAUAGAGAGGCCACGGUGUAGUCAUGACUUCCGGCCUGCCAUCCUUGCCUGGAACACUUGCCCAAGCUUCAUAUCACUUUUUCUGUGAUGGGAGUUUGCUAAAGGUUCUGGAAAACUAAUCUAGUUACUAAAAAAAUAAAUAAAUAAAUAAAAAUCAAAUGAGAAAUAAGUAAUGCGCUGGCAUUGGUUAGUAUCAAAUAAAGAUCCACAAGCAAUACUAGCAGGGCUGCUUUUUCUAAGUGACUACAAAUCUAACCCUUUCUAGGCUCUACAUUGUAAAUAAUCCUAUAAAUACUUUGAUUUAAAAAAAAAAAACUAUUUUUGAUUUGGGGAGGCAGGCUUUUAUACACAUGAGCCUUUACUCCAUCCAGCGGGUUUGGCACAACGCCCGGGGUCCUGGUCCCUGUUUUCUGCCCUUCCUCCUGGCAUGCUAUGCAGCAUUGCCCCUGCUAAGAGAGAGGCGAAGAUAAUGCCUUUGCUUCAAAUUUUUUACCUUCUUGGCAAACCAGAAUUAAGAGUGCAACAGAGUUCAUGUGUUUUUAUAGGUCCUCAAAGGGCCUGCGUUAGAGCCAACUUAGUGGAGGGUCCUUGAACUCACUUUAAUUCUUAUAAUUUUGCACCUGUAUAAAUAAAGCUCCUACUGCAUUCUGCUAUUCAUCAGCCUCUUAUGGUGAUGAGUUGCCUUUUACAUGAGCAUCAGAAAAGAAUAAUCAAAUCAAUAAAAGUUAGACUACACAUAGCAUGCCUCUAAAUUCUAUUAUAGAAAGCCUCAAAUAUUUCGCCUUAUAAAACAUGAUUCUUUAUAGGUGCAAAGUUAUAAGACAUUUAGAAGAAAGCAUCCAUAAGAAUUUUCAGAGAAUAUGGUCAGGAGUCUUACGAACCCCAGUGCGGAGUUCUUGUCCCUUGGUCACACACCACCUGAUAGGAAAGGGAAGACACAGCCAGACGUUCAGAGACGCUUGUCCUUGUGGAGCAGGAGCCUGGCUAAGGGUUGCUAGAGAUUGCCCUCCGGCCUCCUGUGGUUCAGGGAAGGAUCAGGAAAUUGUGCUAGGCCCACGUGAGAAGGCAGCCCUGCCUGCUGGUUCAAUUGUAUGUGGAAGACAGAAGGAUAGCGUACCAGCUGUUAGGAAAGAGACACAAUGGCAUCGACAUAAACUGAUGUGUACUUGAGGGUGGCUCUGGAUAUGGAUUUCCAAAAAGUGAUGUCUUGUUGUUGAUCAUCUGAUGGCUGUAAACUGUAGUACUAGAAUAAAAACAUAGAACACCA